UCCAGCCUUGUCUCUGCUUUGCCUUCUUCCUCUUUACCAGCUCGAGUACGCUUCCAAGCUGAGGCCCUAGCAGUCGAACGGAGCCAUCUUCCUGGUUGACAAGCAAACCACUGUACUCACCCCCUUCUUCCAGCACCUCAAAAACUAUCCACAACAGCCGAGUCUCAGAGAGAGAGAGAGAGAGAGAGAGAGAGAGAGAGAGAGAGAGAGAGAGCUGCAAUGGGAAAUUAUUCCUCAAAGCAACAACGCAAGCGUGUUAGAGACACCGAUGCUUCGAGUCCGACCAUUUCGAAGAAACAGAGACACGAAAAAUUGGUUGAAUUACAGUCAGAGCAGUGCGAGAGCGAAUCGCCUCUUCUUCUUCCCUUUUCGGACUCUUUGGAGAAGAUCGAUGUGCCAUCAGCAUCCGAAGCAAAUUUUAACCUACCUGCUCCAUCCACCUCUGAGAAUGGAAACAAUUACUACGUAUUCUUGAGCUUUAGAGGGUCUGAUACUCGGAAAGGCUUCGUCGAUCACCUCUACCAAAGACUCAAAGCUGUGGGCCUGAGGUGCCAUGCAAACCCUGUCUUUAGAGAUGAUGAGGACCUCCCCUUCGCCGAGAAUAUUGGUGAAAAUCUCAUUAGUGCAAUCGAGCGCUCUAAAGUUUCAAUCCCAAUCAUCUCGGAAAAUUAUGCUAAUAGCAAAUGGUGCCUCCGCGAGCUCAUCCAUAUAAUGAAGUGCAAGGAAAGCAGAGGACAAAUGGUCUUGCCCGUGCUUUACAAGGUGACACCCAAGGACGUGCGACAGCUAGAGGGGAGCUUUGGAAAGGCCUUCAAAUCCUGUAAGGAUAAAUUUGAGGAGGAGGUCAAGCAACAGGGGCCACUAGCUCUCAGAAAGGCAGUUGAUCUUAGAGUAUUCGAAUCAGAGAAAUUUGCUGAUGGGCGUGAAGGGGAGUUGAUAAAUGAACUCGUAGAAAUAAUAUUGCAUAAGCAACAACAUGAUUUUCAACCACAUCUUCCCGUAAACUUGGUUGCAAUCGAGGAUCAUGUGGCUAAGGUUAUGGAAUUGGUGGAUCUUGCUUGCCGUGACACUUGAAUUAUUGGGAUUUGGGGGAUAGGUGGCAUCGGUAAGACAACUCUGGCUACGAUCAUCUAUAAAAUGCUUUUUGACAAAUUUAAGUGCCGGAGUUUUCUUAAGGAUAUUAGAGAAACAAUUAAUCGCGAAGGUGUCAAAUGUGUCCAAUCUCUACUGCUCUCAAAUAUAAGGAAAGGUCAUAAAAGUACAGUGCAUGAUCUCGAGAUGGGGAUUAAUAUGAUCCGAUUAAGUUGUGAAAAAAAGAAGGUUCUUAUUCUUCUUGACGAUGUGGAUCAUCCAAACCACCUCAAUAAUUUGAUUGGAGGUUGUAAAUUCUCGUUAGGAAGUAGGAUCAUUUUCACAUCUCGACAUAAGGCCAUUAAUUGUCAAGAUAAGGCCUUGUUGGAGUCUACAUACUGGUAUGAACUCCAAAAAAUGAAUAUUGAAAACUCUUUGCUUCUGUUUAGCAUACAUGCCUUUGAAAAGAAACCACCUCCAAAACAACUAGCGACUCUUUCUCGUGAUAUUGUUACCAUCAUAGGAGGGCUUCCCUUAGCUCUCACGGUUAUAGGUUCACGCCUCAAAGGAGAAGAAGAUCAAGGAAUAUGGGGAGAAAUGCUAGAGAAAUUGAGGAAUGUGCCUGAUGAGGAGGUACAAUAGCAGUUGAGGAUAAGCUAUGAUUUAUUAGAAGAUGUGGUUAAGAAAAUGUUUCUAGACAUAGCAUGUGUUUUCAUUGGAAUUGACAAAAGAAUUGCCCCCUACCUAUGGGAUCACAAAUUAUGUCCAAGAAUUGGAUUGAAAAAGCUGAUUGACCGCUCAUUAAUAUAUGUUGAUUAUGACAAUAAGUUGAGAAUGCAUGAUGACUUAAGAGAUUUAGGCAGAGCUAUCGCCCGUCCAGCAAAUAAGAAGCUUUGGGAUUGUAGCAGACUAUGGGACAAGGAAGCCAUGAUAGUUCUAAGGCGCAAGGUGGAAAAUGAAAAUAUUGAGGCACUACGUCUAGACGAAAGGGGCUCCAAAGAGUUCAUGAAGCAAGAGAGCUUCAAAAAUAUGCCUAACUUGAAGUUCCUUCAUGUGAAGGAUGUGGAUUUUGAUGGAGAUUUUGAAGGAUCACUUGCUGAAUUAAGAUGGUUAAAGUGGGGGAGAUGUUGUGACUCUUUCAAGGCGACCAACUUUCAUUUGGAGAAAUUAGUCAUACUUGAUUUAUCAGGUGAUUUCUUUAAUGGAAACUAUAUUAGUGAAAAUUGGAGAGGAUGGAGUUCAAUUAAGAUGGAGAGGUUGAAAGUUCUCGAUCUUUCGCAGUGCUCCAGACUAAAGACCACCCCUAAUCUCUCUGCAUUUAAAAAUUUAGAGAUGCUAAUUCUCAAAGAGUGUGUUUAUUUGGAGGAAAUUGACCCUUCCAUUAGAGAUGUCAAGCGCCUCGUUUCCUUGAACUUGAGCUAUUGUAGAAGUCUCAAGAAGUUACCUGAACAACUUGGCGAAUUAGAAAAUUUGGAGGAACUUGUCGUAAACAAGACUCCAAUAAAAGGAAUCCCUUCUUCAAUUGGAAAGUUAAGAGAGUUGGUUGAGCUGGACUUGUCAUAUACACGUAUAAAAGAAUUACCUGAAUUUAUUGGGCAAUUGAACAAAUUGAAAAUUCUGAAGAUUUCUUAUAGCGACAUAAAAAGGUUACCAAGCUCUAUCGGGAAAUUGCAAAGCCUCCAAGAGCUCAAUGCCUACGGAUGCUUUCACUUGGAAGGACAAAUUCUCGUUGAUAAAGGUGGAUUGUCUUCUCUAAAGACCCUUUAUUUAAAAGACACCAAUAUUUCUGGCUUGCCGGAAAACUUAGAUCAACUUUCUUCUCUCGAGCACCUCUAUUUAUAUCGCUGUUAUGGGCUUCAGUCACUCCCAAAACCUCCUUGUAGCUUGUCAUCCCUGUGGCUCACCUGUCGGAGCAAUGAGCUGCCAUCACUCUCUCACCUGAAGCAUUUACAGGAGCUCACCCUUGAUUCUUGCAUGUCUCUUCAAAGCAUCCCAGAGCUUCCCUCUUGCAUACGGAAGCUUUGCAUUUGGAGAUGUCCCAAAUUGGAUGGACUGAAGCAAUUGGAUGGAUUGGAAGCUUUAAAAUCCCUAAGAGAGUUGAGCCUGUCACUAUACUCUGAUGAAGAGGCAGAUAAUCUCCAUGCGAUACGAGGCCUUGAAAAAUUGGGAUCCCUGGAAGUGGUGGAUAUCUCUAAGCGCAAGCACAUUCAAGAACUAGACCUUUCAAAGUCGGAGCAUCUGAAGUGGUUGAAUGUUAGAAAUUGCAAAAGCUUAGUUGAAAUUCGCUGCCCCAGUAAAUUCCUAAACCUCUUUGAUAGGCGUGGGUGCAAGUCACUCGAGAAAUUUCCGGACUUUUUACCACACGACGGCCAUUAUUUUUUAGGGAAGAAAUAGCAAGAAGCUAACCGAGGUUUGCGGGCUAUAAUCGGAUCUUCAUGAGGAAGCCAACGAGGUUGCCGAGGACGUGGUGCUAUUCUGGGCAUUGGGGCAAGAAGAGAAGGAGGGUGGAAAUCGAGCACAGAGAGAAGGGGAAGAGAUUGAGGGGUCCAGCAUCAUCUAGUGGUCCGUUUCUAUCUUCUUCCGGUGGAUGACGAUGGGACGACUGAUUCAAAAGUAAGAUUCAUGCUCACAUGCUCAGCUAGCUUAGAAAUGGAUUUUGACUUGUAAUCUCACCCACUCACCGAUUGCUUUGACCCUUUGUUCUCCACCCUGAAAUGGAAGAGAGAGAAUGUUGGAGGCGAGGAAUCUGGUGAACGAUCUUUGUGUUGGGUCUUCAUUGCUUCCGGUUGCCAUAUCUUCAAA